AUGGAAGUAUUAAGGAGACCAGAAGCAUUAAAAACAAGAGUUAAACGAAGUAGGAGUAUAAUUGAAAGAGAAGAAACGAAUUUAGAAAAUAAUAAUAAUAAUAAUAAUAAUCAAAUUGUUAUUUAUGGAAAUUCAUUUAAAAAUAAUGUAUUAAGUUAUGCAUGGAAUGCAUAUUUUGAUAAGAAUAAAAUAAAAAAAAAUAUUAUGAUUUGUUGCGAUUUAAACAAAAUUUGUGUUGAAAUAUUAAGAGGAGUAGAAAAUAAUAGUUUGACUCUAAAAACAUUUUCGUUUUUACUAAUUGGAGUAUGUAAUAUAUAUAAAAAAAAAGUUUAUUUUGUAGGACAAGAUUAUGAUUUUUUAAAAAGGAAGAUAUUAUCCCUUUACAAAAAUAAAGAUGAGAAUAUGAAUGAAUUAAUAAAUAACAAAGAUUCUAAAAGAAAAAAAGGUAGCAAAGACUAUGAUGAGCAAAAUAAAAAUAAGAAAAGAUUAAAUAGAACUUCUCUUAAUAUAAAAAGAGGAUCCAUAGGUAUGAAUGAAUUAUUGCCCUCAGUAAUUAAUGAUUUUUCUAGAAGAAAAUCACGUUUCUCCUUAAAUGCAGAUGAAAUAAGUAUAGGUGGAACUCAGAAAAAUACAUAUAAUGAUAUAUUUAAUGAAAACGAAAUGAAUAAUCAAAUGCUUAUGGAUAUUUCAGGGUUUAAUUAUCUUAGUUUUAAUGACCAUGAUAUGGAAAAACCAUUGGAUGGAUCGUAUGUUUCUAGAAAUAGUAUUCCUAUGAAUAAUUUUGAAGAGCUUGGUUUAAAUAGACAACUAUCUGAAUCUUUUAAUCUUAUGGAUAAUUUGAAUGCACAAAAUUCUAUAUUGAAUAAUAUGAUACCAAAAAAUAUGUUUUCUAAUUUAGAACAUUCUUUAAAUGAAAAAAGCAUGGGAGAAUAUAACAACUUAGAAUUAAAUUCUCUUCAUAAAAGUGAUUUAUUUUCACCUAAUAACAUGUUUGAUAACUUAGAAAACAAUUAUGCUAAAGAUAAUUUAAAUAUAAAUAAUAAUAAUUCUGCAAAUAAUUACACAAAUAUGAAUGAUGUGAAUCAUCCAAGUUAUAAAAAUGAUAAUGAAUAUCCAUUUAACAUUAUGAGUGAUCAGGAAAAUGCAAAUGCACAUGGAAAUAUAAUUAAUAAUAAUAAUAAUAAUAUGAAUAACAAUUUUAAUGGUAUGAAUACAUCAAAAGAUUUUUCUAAUCUUCAUUAUAUUCCUAGUCAUAAUUUCAUAGGAAAUAUUAACAAUAUGAAUAAUGCAAUAAAUAAUAGAAAUGAUCUUUAUAAUUUAAACCCUUUUAUAAGUAUGAACUCAAUGAAUAACACAGAAAAUAGAAACAAUUUUCCUUUUUCACAAAAAAUUAAUAAUUUUGGUAAUAUAGAUGCAACAAGUAAUAUUGCAGGUAGUAUUUUUAGUCCUCAAAAAAAAAAAAAUAUCUCAAAAAAAAAUGAGUAUUCCAAUUUUUUAAAUUUUGAAACAUAUCAAAAUUUUGAUUAUUUUGAUCAAAAAAAUGAUGAUGCUUUUAUAAAAAAACUAAAUUCAUUACUUGGCUUAGAUGAAAGUGAGGAAGACAAAGAAAAUAAAAACAAAACUGAUGGCAAUGAAAAUGAUAAAAAUGUUGAUGAUAAUGAUCUAAAUAAAAUAGUUAUCCAAGAAGAUGAAAAUUCCAAAAAUGUCUUGAAUUCUACAAACAAUAAUAAGAAGAACGAUCAACUAGAAGUGAUUGAAUAUGAUAAUAGAAAUGAACAGAUAGUUUUACAAGGGAAUGAAAAUCAAAUUGUGAAGAAAAGAAAAUUAGAAAAACAUUUAAUUGACAAAAAUUAUAUUAUAAAAGACUCAAUAAUAAAAGUAAUGAUGAAAGAUGAAAGUGUAGAUUAUAAAUAUUUUUUAAUUGAUACUAUAAAUAAUGAAAUAAAUGAAAAAAUUCAGAAAGAAUGCCCAAAUUUUCAACAUUUUUCUUUGCAAACAAGUGAUAAAAUAAAACCAGUAUAUAAAUUAGAAACAAAUUUUGGAUAUGAAUCUUUCGAUUAUGAUAAAAAGAAGAAACUAUUUGAAAAUCACUUAAGUUAUUUAGUACAUAAUAAAUUAUCCUUAUACGAAAAUAAAAAUGUUUUAGAACAUUUUAACAUAAAGAAGUGUUUAGAUAAUAUUGACGAACAGAUGAUACAUAAUGAAAAUGACACUUUAUCUAAUAACUUUUUAUCAUUUCAGGAAAAUGAUGGAACAAUGAAAAGUGAUAUGAAUUUCGAGGAAGUAAGAGAAGAAUUUGGUGAUAUACAAUUCGAAACACAAAAUAUGAAUACAAACAAUUAUAAAAAUAGAUUUAGCAUAGAUCCUUUGUUAUCUCAAAAUGAACAAAUAGAUUUAAAUUUGAAUGAUUUAAAUUUUAAGGAUGAUGUUGAUUCUAAAAUAAAUUUAGAAAGUCAAAUGUCAAAAAGUUUAGUAAUAAAUAGAGAAAAUAGUAUAGAUAAAAGUGAUGACUUAAACAAUUUAAAUUUUGUUAAUGAUAAAAUAAAUUCUGAAUUUAAUUCUUCUCCAUUAGACUUAUCACUUUCUUCAAAUUAUGAUUUUUCUAAUAUAUUUAAUAAAGAAAAUGACAGUUCAAUAAAUUCUAUAGUAGACGAUAAUAAUUUAGAAAUCAACGUAAACUUAAACCAAGAUUUUGAUUUAAUAACAAAGGAGUUAUUAGAGGUUUAUAAAAAAUUAUCUAAAAAAAUUAAUUAUGUUUUUUUUGACGUAAUUACAAAAAAUAGAAAAUCAAAAAAUGAAAUUUCUAUAUUAUUUUACAUUACAUUACAUUUAGCUAAUCUAGGAUAUAUACAUAUUAUGCAGAAACCUAUACUUCCUGAACAUUUAGAACAUUAUGAGGAAAAUUUAUCUAGACCUAUAUUAAUACAAUUUAUUGGUUAA